AUGCCUUGCGAACGCGGCAGCUCCGCAGUGCAGUCGCAGGGGGGGACGCACACGCCAGCGGGGCUCUCCAGUGCUCCGUGGGCUGGGACAGAGGUUUCCUGCGAGGCCUGCGGCAACCCCCCGCAGCUGUCCCCGCUGCCUCCCGCCUCCUGCAAAGCUGCCACCAAAGUGGGUCACUGCCGCGAUGACGAUGCGAAGGGAGAGAGAUGCCGCAGCGGCGGCGCGGGCCAGAGCCGCAUCAGCACCGAGCUGGCGGGCCGGGCUCGGGGACGGCCCUCGCGGCCCUUUGCUCUGCAGACGCCAGAAAACCAAACGCCCGUCCUGGCAUUGCCUCUCGCUCCGCGCCCGCCGCCAGAAGGGGGUUUCCCAACCUCCGCCGAGCGCAAGGGCCGCGGGAGGGCCCAGACACGAACGCUGGGGCAGAACCUCGCGGCUUCUGCUGCAGAGCGGGAGGCAGCUGGCACGAAGGCAGGUGCGGCCCUGCCCGCCCGCAUCCGGCCUAGGCCCGUGAUGAGCAGCCUAAGUCGGAGAGUCCUGAUCAGCGCUGGCAUCGCCCGCCCGCGCUGGCAUUCGGGCAGGGAUCCGCUGCCAGGGCUGCACAACCCUCCCCAGAGCUGCGGCUGCGGGCAGCACUGCGGGCAGGGGCCAGACAAAGAAGAUGUGGUUGUGCCGACAUCGGGGGGUAGGUACGACGUGCACCUGAAGAAGAGGCAGCGCGUCGCAGUGUACUGGGAGGAGGAGGUGUCUGAAGUGCGUCGCUGCACCUGGUUUUACAAGGGAGACAAGGACAAUAAGUACGUUCCCUACUCGGAGACCUUCAGCGAAGAGCUGGAGGCAGCUUACAUGGUUGCUGUGACCCUGGAUGAAUGGAAGAAGAAGCUGGAGUCCCCCAGCAGAGAAAUCAUUAUCCUGCACAACCCAAAGCUGAUGGUGCACUACCACCCCGCUGCCACCUCCGACGACUGGGGCUCAACUCCCACGGAGCAAGGUCGGCCUCGGACUGUGAAGAGAGGGGUGGAAAACAUCGCUGCCGAGAUCCCCAACGGAGAGCCGCUGCAGAUCGACCACCUGGUUUUCGUGGUGCAUGGGAUCGGCCCGGCCUGCGACAUCCGCUUCAGGAACAUCAUCCAGUGUGUGAAUGACUUCAGGAACGUUUCCCUGAGCAUGCUGCAGGCGCACUUCAGGAAGGCGCAGGAGCAGCAGCAGAUCGGCCGGGUGGAAUUCCUGCCUGUCAACUGGCACAGCUCCCUCCACUCCACUGGCGUCGACGUUGACCUGGAGCGAAUCACUCUGCCGAGCAUCAACCGCCUGCGUCACUUCAUCAACGACACCAUCCUGGACGUCUUCUUCUACAACAGCUCCACCUAUUGCCAGACCGUCCUGGACACGGUGGCGUCCGAAAUGAACCGCCUGUACCAGCUCUUUCGUCAGAGGAACCCCCUCUUCAAAGGGGGGGUGUCCAUCGCGGGGCACAGCUUGGGGUCGCUCAUUUUGUUUGACCUCCUGACGAACCAGAAGGCAGGUCCCGAGGAGGGGGAGCGUGGCCAGGAGGAGCCCAGCACAGCCUCGGACCUCAGGGUUACUGAGGAAGUAAUAGAAGCCCUGAAGAAGCUGGACCUGUCUGAAUACUGUGGUGUUUUUGAGAAGGAGAAGAUGGACCCGCAGGCAAUGUUCCUGUGUACAGAUCAGAACUUUAAAGAAAUGGGGAUUCCCCUAGGACCAAGAACGAAGAUCCUCCAUUACUUCAACUCCCAGAGGGAGAUGCAGGACCAGGGCGCAGCGGCCGGUGGAGCCAGGCCAGGGUCCCCAUCGCAGCACGGCCCCAGCAGCGCGAACGGUGGCAGGAACUGCCAGUUCUGGGACAUCGGCUUAGGACAGGUCUUGGCAAACUACCCGCAGCUGGAUUAUAAACCCACCAUCUUCUUUGCUUUCGGGUCUCCCAUCGGGAUGUUUUUGACGGUGCGAGGGGUGAAGCGGAUCAACCCAGACUACAGCCUGCCCACCUGCAGGGGCUUCUUCAACAUCUUCCACCCCUACGACCCGGUGGCCUACAGGAUCGAGCCCCUGAUUGUGCCAGAUCUGGAGUUUGAGCCUAUGCUGCUGCCCCACCACAAGGGCAGGAAGAGGAUGCACCUGGAGCUGAAGGAGGGGCUGACUCGCAUGAGCGUGGACCUGAAGAACAACUUGCUGGGGUCGCUGCGGGUGGCCUGGCAGUCCUUCACGCGGGCCCCGCUGCCAGCCGUGGAGGCGGCAGGACCCGACGCUGAACCGGAGGCAGAGGCCGGCCCGGAGAAGCCACCAGACACAAAGCCAGAGGAGACCCCCCCGGCAGGGAAGGAAGAGGCUGCGCUCAUUAACGUGGGGAGGCUGAACGGAGGGAGGCGCAUAGACUACGUGCUGCAGGAGAAGCCCAUCGAGAGCUUUAAUGAGUAUUUAUUUGCACUACAAGGGCACCUCUGCUACUGGGAGUCAGAAGACACGGUUCUGCUGGUUCUGAAGGAGAUCUACCAGACGCAAGGCAUCACACUGGACCAGCCUUUGCCAGGCAGCCAGUGACCAACCGGGGCUGUUGAGGCCGCCCGCUGUAAGUCACCUCGCCUACACCUUCCUUCCGGAUUGCCCAGGACACCCCAGAGGACACCCGGUUCGCUUUGAGGGACCUUAUUUACAGCGCUGUGUCUAAUGCAGGAGUUUGUGUCGGGUUUUUUCUUUGGCCUGUCAGCAUGUUUGGCUUCUUUCCUCCCGCCCUGCACACGAGCACCGCGGACAGGAGCAGGGUAACGACUUGCUGCUGCAGACCAGGGCGGCAGCACCCCGCGCGGUUCUGUCGGCUCAGUCCAAGUGUCCCCCGGGGAUGCGCGGCCCCUGCUCCAAGCCUCGGGGCCUGAACGGUUCUUACCUACAGGUGACAAACCAGAGCCCGGCCCCCACGGCCCUGGCAGGGGGAUUCCACCCUCUGCUGCUAAUUGCUGGCCCGGGGUAGAUGAGAGGUGAGGGGCGUCCUCGUUUUCUUGCCCUGGAGCUCUGGCUGCUGGGCCUGGGCUGGGCUUUGGGCUGCCCUAGUGCUGGGGUUUGCUCUCCCCGUGUUCACCUGUUGCUUUCUUAGGUCCAAGUACUCACCAGAAAAGUCCAGAUUCCUCCUCUACCUUCCUCUCCCCUCUGCCGCUGUCCCUGCAUGCUGCUUCCCAAGUACUUGCUGCUACCCGGAGAUGAUUUUCCUCCAUUUUGGGUAGGGGCCAGGGGAAAACCAUCAGGGGAGAUCCCCUCUGCUCACACACACACACACACGCGCACGCACAGCACUUGUGCCGUGGCUCCCCGCGGCAGCAUGUACUUCCCACCCUGCGCCUUGCAAGCUCCCACGCUCACUCCUCCAGCCCCAAGCAGCCAUUGAGGGCCUGACCCUGCUCCUGGCUUAGCGAGGGAACUCGUGACCUCGAGGAAUAAAAAAGCCUUAAACGUGCAGCAUGGGGAGAGCCGGAGCAGCCUUGUCGAGGGAGGGGGAUGGCUGGCGUCUCCCUGGCCUAACGGGCUGCGGGCUCUGGGAGGUGGAGCCCGGGCACAGGCAUCUGGGGAGCGCGUCCCCUCCCGCCCAGCUCCCCAGAUCCCACCGACCAUCUCCAGCACACCUGACCCAGACCCCUCGGUGCCCUCACCUGGGCGCAAGCCAAGGGCCUCCCUGAGGCACUGCCUGCACCUCGCCUAGGGCCAGGCUGGCGCCCAGAUCUAACCGGGCAGGAGGAAAGCUCAGGCUGGGGGAAAGCAGCAGGUCCUCAGCGCACCCAGGAAGGGGGGGGCCUGCAGGGGCAGCCCUGCCGCGCUCUGUGGGCGUGGAGCAGUGUGGCUUUCGUGGUGGCCGCGGGGACCUGGCGCUGGGCAGGCUCCAGCCGCGGGGUUUGGUUUAAAUACACAAACCGUGGCCGGCGAGGCGGGGGCCCAGGCCUGUCGGGUCCAGACAGCGUGUCCCCAGUGAAGAAGUGGCCCCGGCUCUGCCGGCAGCUCAGCUUGCAGCUCCCUGUGUUCUGGCCCAAGGGGGCGGGGGCCAGUGAGCCCCGGGGACCCCCCUUUGCCACCAGAGCCCCCCAGGGCUGGGGCCAGAGCCUGUGGGCAAGGUGGAGGUGGGUGCUGCCACAGCCUUUGGAAGAGCCAAACCACUUUCCACUGACUUUUGCCCUGCAUGGGGUAAGGAGCCUUCUUUCCACAGCCUGUUUGUUUGUCCUUCAUCGUGCACUAUUUGAAAGGUUUUGUUUGCAGCCUACAUCCCCCCUCCCACCCCAAAGGAGAGAAGCUGUUCUUUUACCUGGCUGCAGAAACAGACGCUGUUCAGCUGGCACCUGAACUACCGAUUGCUAAAGCAUCUCCUACAACAGUAGGAAAGGAACAGUCUUAACAUGGGACACUCUCACGAUCAGCUUUUUAAUUUAAGCACUUUGUUAAAAAAA